AUGAGAAAUAUAACUUUGGAUUCUGAAACAGCUCAUCCCUGCCUGGUCUUAUCUGAAGACCUGAGAAGCGUAAGAUUUGGAAACACUCCGCAAGAUAUGCCUGGCCACCCACAGGGACUGGACUUCAGUGCCACUGUGUUGGGUGUGGAACGCUUCUCUUCCGGGAGGCACUAUUGGGAGGUGGAUGUGGAGAAGGCAACAAGGUGGCAGUUGGGCAUAUACCAAGGCUCUGCAGACAGAAGGGCCAACAUGCCCAAAGCUUCUGGAGAUCAAGUCUUACUCACCGGAUCCAUAAUGGGGACCGAUUUUACCUUGUGGGUCUCUCCUCCUUUGAAAAAGGUCUCAAUGAGACAGCAAAUGCACCAAGUUGGAGUUUUCUUAGACUAUGAGUAUGGGCAAGUAUCGUUCUAUAAUGUGACGGAGAAAUCUCUCAUUUAUAACUUCUCUUAUCUUGCCUUCCAAGGUGCUGUUAGGCCUGUAUUUUCUCUUUGUUUCCCUGAUAGAGACAUAAAUUCAGACUCUCUCACUAUUUCCUCCCCUCAGGUUCCUAACCAUAAUAUUGCUGUUAGCUCUUAAUCUUUCUGUGAAAUCCAAACCACAAAGGCCCAGAAAGUUAAGAGCAAGACUUUGUGAAAGAAUUUAUAUAAAGUACUCUAUUAAAA